GCAGCAGCGCCGCCGCCGCCCGCGGAGCCCGGAGAAACUUUGCCGCAGGAGCCCGGGCGGCGCCUCCACCCGCGGGAUGAGCCUGCUGCGGGGGUCGGCGCUGCGGCCGGGCGAGGAGCCCCUGCCGCCCUGGCUGCCCAGCCACGUGCAGGUGGCGGUGGUGCAGGCGCGGGGGCUGCGGGCCAAGGGGGGCCCGGGCGACGCCUUCGUGGCGCUGCAGCUGGGCCGGCAGAAGCACCGCACCUCGGUGGCCACGCAGAAGGGCGGCUGCCCGCGCUGGGAAGAGCGGUGCGCGCUGGAGCUGCCCCCGCCGCCGCCCGCCCCGCGCCCGGACCCGCACCCGGACCCGGACCCGCUGCUGCUGCAGCUGGUGGUCUGGCAGCGCGCGCUGGUGGGCCCGGACCGCUUCCUGGGCCGCGCCGCCGUCCCGCUGGCCGCGCUGCUGCAGGGCGGGCGCUCCCACCCGGACCGGUGGUACAAGCUCCAUUCCAAGGCCGGCAAGAAGGAGAAGGAGCGGGGUGAGGUCCAGCUGACCAUCGAGUUCACUCGCCACAGCCUGACUGCCAGCAUGUUUGACCUCUCCAUCAAGGACAAGCCUCGCUCGCCCUUCCGGAAACUGAAGGACAAGGUGAAGGGGAAGCGGAAGUAUGACCUGGAGUCUGCCUCGGCCAUCGUGCCCAGCAGCAGCGGGGGGCUCGACGAGGACUUCGAUCUGGGGGGCCGGAAGGACAAGGCGAAGGGCUUCCUCUUCAAGAGCCAGCUGCGCAGGUCCUCCUUGACCCGCUCCAGCACGUCCCUGGGCUCCGAGAGCACCAUCUCCUCUGCCAGCGCCGAGGCAGGGGCCCCCUCACCCAGCCGGCCCAGCAGCCUCUCCGCCGACCCUGCCGGGAGAGACUUUCUGCCGUCACCAAAGCUGUCCCACAAGAGGGCCUUCAGCGAUGAGGUCUCCCAGAUCAACCUGUUGCCGGAACCCCGGUCGGUCCAGAGCCCACAGGCCCCAAAGGAUCCCAGCUCCAGGUCCUCGCUCUGCAUCAACGGGAGCCAUGUUUACUGCGAGGAGCCCUCCCCCAAACCAUCCUUCCUUGCCCUGGCCCCCCUCCCUCCCUCCCAGAGCUACCCCAGCAAGCAGAGCAGGGGCUCGGUGGCCGGACCACCGGCCACUGAGCCGGACCUGCUGCCCUGGCCUGCUGGUGGCUUCCAGAAAGGACCCCCGAAAGACCCCCCUCGGUUCAUCCCCUCGCCCCCCAUCUUGGCCGCGCAGGAGGAGGACAGGCUUUCCGUGAAGACCGUUGCCCUGAACAAGCACCGGGUCCGAGCCAGGAUGGAGGAGAGCCUGCGGGCGGAGGGCAAGCCCAGUCUGACGGCUGCUUCCCUGGCUUUCCCCUCGGGAGUCGGGAAGGGGAGGCCUCAGGAGGCGCGGGAACAGGCCGAGGCCGGCACCUUCCGUCGCGGGAAUGGCAGAAGCCACGGCCAGAACCAGGAGGCGGGGACCCCUGAGCCUGCAUGGAGCCUGGAGGCCGCAGCCAGAGGGGAAGAGGGGCCUGGGAGUGGCACUGGCGGCAGUGGCGGCUGGAUCGGUCUGCGAGAUUCCAGAGAGCCGGCCCGAAAGCUGAGUCCGCACCCCGUGAAGCCCAUGAGAAGCACGCCAGGCCCAGAGACCCCACACCAGGAGAAGCCCUGCCAGGCUGCCGGCCUGAGCCCCAUCCAGGCCACUGGCCAGGAGCAGCUCGCCCCGAGCCCUUCCAGCAGCCGGAGCCCCGCAGCCUUGGUGGUGCGGCUGGACAAGACGGAGCCUGAGCAGGCCCCGCCGGCGAAGUACCUGCACCUGACACGCGAGGAGCUGGUCCAUCUGCUGUUGCGACGGGAGGCCGAGCUUGGGAAGAAGGAGGAGCAGGUGCACGAGCUGGAGAACUACAUUGACCGUCUGCUGGUGCGCAUCAUGGAGCAGUCACCCACCCUGCUGCAGAUCCCCCUCGGGGAGGAUGCCAAGGCCGCCCAGUAGCCCCCCUGCAGGAAACCCCUUUCUCGCCCUUCCCUUUCCUGCCUGGGCCGGUCCUGCUGAACGCUCCCUUCCUCUGGCCACAGCCGGCACCCCCACCCCCAGCACUCCUGUUUUCUCAGGCCCCCCGGCAGGGGAUGCUCUGGACCGCCAAGCAGUGUGUUACAGACUGUUCUUGGCGCAGUGGGGCAUACCCCAGGCUAAGGGGCAGCCCUGCAGACUGCUGGAAUGCCCUUCGCAAACGCCCAGGCAGCUGCCCAGGUCACACUGCAGUUAAACAGUCUUCGACAUCCACUUAUGCCCCCUCCCGCCAGGGCUUUGCUUUUGGGGGGAAGCUGUCAUGGGGAAAGGCACAGGUGGCUGGUCAGGAGAGGCCCUCUGAGCAGGCAGAACUCCCCUUUGUCCUUUCCCAUGUUCCAUGAGGACUAGCGUCUCCCUGCGGUUUGAUGGAUGUUCAAGGCUAUGCCAGCAGACAGUGCCUGAGAGCCAGCCUGUUCUUUAUUGUACCAUCUCUCAGGCUCUGGGGCACAACUGCCUUGCCCCAGAGAGGUGCCAAGGGCUGGCUGUGCACGCCGGAACCAUCCACAGUUCCUUCUCUCCGUCUUUCACUUGGCCUGGAGCACCAGACUAAUGAAGGGGGGAGUGCAUCUGCCUGAAAUGGAAAUGAGAAAAAAUGUGCCUUUUGGUCAAAGGAGGGCAGCCCUCACCCCCAAAUCUGGCCUGCAUGCAAGAAUAGGCACGCUCCUUGUUCACAGUGACCCCAGGAAUCUCGCUGGCAGGGAGGAGCUGGCUUCCAAGGCACACACGCACCGCAACGCUCAACGGUUGCUGCUCCGAAGGGCAGGAAUGUCUUGGCUUCUGAGGGGGGGUGACAUUUGGGGAUUGAUCCCAGUCCAUUUGGCCACCUGGAGGUUUUGUGUGAUGGGUGGGUUCUUGCCGGCUUAACCCUUUUGGAAAGCCUGCAUGAGACCUGCAUGGCUCCCUCGCAAAGAGGUUAGGGGAGGGGGGAGGGUUGCUGCGGGAAGCAGGUGGCCUUAUGCAAGCCUGGCGGGGGCAGUUCAAACCCCCCCUUUGCCCAGGAAGGGAACGCGGAGCUCGUACAGCUCUCUUCUCCCCCAGUUGGCAACCCAGUGCCCCCCAUUGAGGGAAGUCAGCACUGCCUCUUGCUCUGACGGUGCCCUUGCCUCCCCCACCCCUGCUCAGGAUUGGGGAGAUCGGCCAGGGAAUGAGGCUCCCCAGAUUUUUGUUUGUCCUGUUUCUGCCAAGUGUUUCUUGAAGGCCUGGGCCACGGGAAGGUUUCCAAGGGAGGGGAGGGCUGGUGAUCCUUGGCUGCGGUGGGGGGGCAUUUGUGUCUGUCGUUCUUGGGCUUGCAGCGGGUGACCUCUCGACUGCCACCUAAAACUGCCACCCCUCCUCAGCCGCCCAGAUUUUCACCAGCCGCAGGACAGCAUUUUGGAGACCCUUGGGUGAAGUUGCCUUGCCUUC